AUGCCGAAGAUUUCAAGCAGAAAGUGGAAAGAAGCUCUGACUGCCAUCAUCGAUGAGCUUGAGAAGCCACAGUUCAAUAAGAUGCUGGAGUUACUGAGGAAGAUUCCUAGAAGCCAGAAAACUCCCAAGUUCAAGGACAAGAUGCCCCAAAAAAUCAUUGAGCACUACGGAGAGGAGAAAUCUAUUUCUGCAAUCAACCGUGUGAUGAGUAAGAUCCCACGGAAGGACGCAGUCAUCCAGGACCAGCUGCGGCCGUUUGUGCUCACGCUAAAGAAGAAGAAACUGAAAGAAAAGAAAGCCUUUAAGGGGACGCACGCAUGUGAUCCAGUGAUGGGAGGGAGUACAGCCGCAUUUGUGGCAAACGGCACCGUAAGUAAGUCAAAAUCUAAGCAUCUGGAGCCAAAACCUGCAGCUGGUGAGUCUAUUUUGAGUUAUAAAUACAGAAUCUAUAACAAUAUUUAUACAUCUAACAUUUAUGUCACUUUGAUGGAGAUAUUUUCCCUCUUUUGUAUGCAGAAAAGAACCAUCAGUGAUGUCAAAUCCAGCAAACAAAUUCUCGACACAGAAGUGAUUGUUGGGAAAGUUCUUCAGAAAUCUGGUCUGUGCACAUUUAAAAUUGACAAGAAGGAGAAGCCAUACUUUAACCUGGCAGUUGCUGAUGAAACAGACGUCAUUAAAGUGGUGGUUUAUCAAAAUGACCUCUAUUCAGAAAUCGAGGAAGAGAGGUCCUACUUGUUUAUUAAGCUACAAAAAAAUGAAGAUGUUUUGAAGGUUACUUCUUCAAGCAAAGUGUCUGAGACGAGCGCUGUGAAAGUCCCAGCAGAGAUUGAGAAGACUGCUCGGACUCUGUUAUGUCCCGAGAGCCCACUGUGCUCCAUCGCAGAGGUCAAAGCGUUUGCAGAGUCGUCCAAAGCGAGCAUCAGAGGGACCAUUACAGAGAUGAAAGCUCUUGAAAGGAUUACUGUUAUGAAACAGAGGAAAACCAAGAAGCAAGAUUUCCAUCUGAAAGACGACACAGAUUCCAUCAAAGUUUCUGUGUGGGGCGAGAACACUCAGCAAUGCAAGAGAUUACUAGUUGGAGACAUCGUUAAAGUGACCAAUGUAAAGACGAACUACUUUCGUGGAGUCACAUCCGUUAACUCCACUCCAUUCACCAGAAUUCACAAGGUCUGCAGUGCCAGUUUCCAGACGGGGAGAAUUGAAAUUAAAGCAAUAUCCAAAGCCAAUAAGACAUGCACUCAUGUGGUGGCAGAAUUCAACCAGCAGCUGCAGACAUUUGUUGUAGCUUCUCAACUCCUGGCGAAGGCGUUUGGUGUUAAACUGGAUGAAAAUUUUAAACAAAAGCUUGUGGAUAAAUUGCCCCUCUCAACAGUAGCAGAGACACAAGGAAAUAAGAUACAUAAAAUAAAAUAAAAAUAAUACCUGAAAUUGUUAAAAUUGUUAAACAGGAAAGGGCAAAGUUUUCAAAAUAUUAGAAAAUAAAAUAGAAAUAAUUCUAAAGAAACUUCCAGACAGGAGGAGUGUGGUAAACGGCCUGCAUUUGUAUAGCGCUUUACUUAGUCCCUAAUGACCCCAAAGCGCUUUACACUACAUCCAGUCAUUCACCCAUUCACACACGCAUUCACACACACAUUCACACACUGGUGAUGGCAGCUACAGUGUGCCUGUGUUUGUGCAACGUGAUUUAAACUGAUGUAUAAAGCUACCAAUGAAACCAUGUAGAAUAGCUUUAAAACAUUUUCUCUUGUUUUGUAUUGAUUUCUGCUUUAAUGGUGCUGCGAUAGCUCGUUGCCUGGACGGCCUCUGAAAGGGAUAUAUGUAAAUACAGGAAGUGACAGUUUGACUGUAGCAUGCCGUAUAGCCGUGAGUAGAAUCCAGAAUUAACUUUAAAUAUGUCGUUUGAUUUGAUCCUUUAGCUCAGCAUUUGGUUAUUUGUGACUACUGUGAUUAUUUGGAAACUGUUGAACAGUUUGGUUUUCUUUAAGAAGUUUUACGUUUACUAUCAAGCUUUUCUGUUCAGAUUACCUCUUUUAUAACUGUUUAGUUUGUUUUUUUUUCAAAUGUUAAUAGGUAAAAUAUUUUUUUUCUUAAGGUCCCUGAUUACCAACAAGCUUUAUCUCCAACUAUUACACAAAGCAGUUCCACAUAUGUUAAAUUUAAUACAAACACUUGAAGAUAUUUCAGACUACUCAGUGACUAGAGUGACAUACUCUUCCUCAGCCCUGUCACUGUUAGGGAUCUUUAAUUCUACAGAUACCUUCUGGACCAGAUGUGUGCUUCGGUACAGUCCUGCCUCAGAGCUCUACAAACAGUUCCUUGGACUUCAUGGCUUAGUUUGUGCUCUAACAGCACUGCCAGCUAUGAGCCUUAUACAGACAUGUGUGUGCCUUCCCAGAUCAUAUCCAGCCAACUAAAAAUAGCAGAGGUGGACUCCAGCCCAGUUGUAGAAACAUCUGACAGAUGAUCAGUGGAAUCAAGAUACACCUGAGCUCAGUUUUGAGUGCCAUGGCCCGAAUGCUUAUACACGUUUUAUUUUUUAAAUAAAUUUGCAAACAUUUCAUGCAAACCUUUUCGCUUUGUCAUUAUGAGGUGUUGUGUGUGAAACAGGAGUUAAAUCCAUUUUGAGAUGAGGCUGUAACAUGACAGAUUGUGUAACAAGCGAUGUGAAUAGUUUCCGGCUACAUUGUUUAUUAAAUCAACACAUAAAUACAAAAUUGUUGAUUUGCUUUUUAACGAUAAUCAAAUGUUAUGCUUGCAUGAUAGUUGUUAUUUGUGUUUCUCAUUGUGUACUCUAGAACUCAAAGUAAGGGUAAAAGAUUUUUACCUGUUUUUUCUUCACCAUCCAUCUUAACAUAAAUAAAUAUAGAUGAAAACAAAAGUUAACCAAAACGGGUAUUAAAAGA